CUGUUUCAACAAAUCAACAAAAAUAGUGUAGUGUUUCAACUAAGUUUCAUACUUUCUCAUAAAUAUAUAAAUUUUUAUUAAUACAUCUGCCUUAAUAUCAGUCUUUGGUGCAUUAGAUCGAAAACCAAUGCAAAUAUAAACACCCAACUCCAUAAAAACCACGGCAACGCAAAAUACGUAUGCAACAAAACUUGAUAAGCAAAGUGAUUUAUAAGAACUUAAAAACACAGUCAUGAAACUGCGCAUUCAACCGCAAUAAUGGCAUAAAGGUCACCUGGACCACAAAUUGCAAGGCCAAACAAUGUUUAAUGAACUGCAUCAAAGUGUAUAUUCGAGCCUACACUAUUUUUGAAUAGAAAAAUCACAUAUAUAGAUAUAACACUAGAUCGUUGGCUAACGGGGGGAACGUUAAGUAACAUGACGUCAUCGAUUUAAAGAAAUGUUUGAAUAAAGCACGUCAAUAAGGAACGUAACUAAGUACCAUUUAAGCCUCGUUAAAAAUUAAAGAGAUAGCUAUAGGCUAAACGCCGAUACCAAAGCCAAAGGCAAUGGAUCCCGCGAUAGGAAAUAUCCAUACUUCUCGUCUUCCUGGACCGGCGAUAAAUACAGUUGUCGAAAAUUCAGAUGAGCCUCAACCCAGUUUGUCGGAUUUGCAUGAUUUUGAACCUAAGUUAGAGUUUGAUGAUACAGAAUUACUAUCACCAGCACCGUUACAGAAGGAUGUUAUGGUUGAUGAUUUUGUGUUGACUGAAGGGGAGGAGAUUGAGCCAGCAGAAAUAGUAAAUCCAUUGGAAGACGAUUUUGAAGAUCAGUUGAGAGAGGAACUGUCGGAAAGUAUUGUAAACGUUAAAAAUAUAUGCGAUUUUCUUGGAACUGACAAGCAGGGCAGACAUAUUUUUGCAAUUUAUGCUUCACGAUUUCCAGAGAAAUCACAAAUGGAAAAAUUCAUCUGUGAUGUUAUAAAAGAAAUUGAACCAUUUGUGGAAAAUGAUUACAUUCUCGUCUACUUUCAUCAAGGCCUAAGGAAGGAUAGCAAACCUUCAGCGCAAUUGCUGUGGAAUUCAUAUACAGAAUUGAAUCGCAAUUUUCGCAAGAAUCUCAAAAAUUUAUACGUUGUGCAUCCCACAUUAUUUAUACGCUUUGUAUGGAAAUUUUUUAGCCCAUUCAUCAGCGACAAGUUUCGUCAAAAACUUGUAUAUAUAUCUAGUUUGGAUGAAUUACGCCAAGCAUUGGGUCUAUCAAAGAUAAAAGUACCAGAUAGUGUCUGUGAUUUUGAUGAACAGUUAAACCUUCGUGGUAGAAGCUAUUCGGGCAGCUUUGGCUACGGCCACGGCAGUGGAAGCAGCAGCGCAGGAAGACAAAUGGCCAAUACAACACAAUUUGGCGCACCACUUAAAUUUAUUGUAACCAAUAGUCCAUGUUUAAACUCCAUACCACCAAUAGUACGCAAAUGUGUGGACUCGCUUUCUAUGACCGGUAUGAUCGACACAGAGGGCAUAUUUCGUCGGUCAGGCAAUCAUACCGAAAUAAUUGCAUUAAAGGAACGUGUGAAUCGUGGCGAAGACGUGGAUUUGUCAAAAACCAAUGUGCACGUAAUUGCCGGCUUGUUAAAAAGUUUUCUACGCGAUCUCAGCGAACCUUUACUCACUUUCGAGCUAUACGAUGACAUUACGAGUUUCUUAGAUUGGCCAAAAGAGGAGCGAUCACGUAAUGUGACGCAGCUAAUUAGAGAAAAGUUACCUGAAGAAAACUAUGAGCUUUUCAAGUACUUAGUAGAGUUUCUAGUCCGCGUUAUGGAAUGUGAGGACCUAAACAAAAUGACAUCUUCGAAUUUGGCUAUUGUAUUUGGUCCAAACUUUCUGUGGUCGAACAGGAAUAACACCACGCUGGAGGAUAUCCGACCGAUAAAUGCGUUCAUUGACUUUGUGCUGCAAAACCACAAAAACAUUUAUCUGAUCGAUGUAAACCAACGCCAUACAUCCAUCGAUUGAGCUAAGAAAUGAGAUCGUGCACGACGCACAAAAAAUCAUUAAACUGUGCAUUUUAAUGUAGGUUUAAGAAUUGGCGCCAGGCUUCAAGUUUGUCGGUGCAACUAUUUGUAUUAUUUAGUAGAACAUGAAAUAAGAUUUCGUCAUAUUUAGUUUUUAACAUAGAAAGAAAUUAAGAUAACUAAAAAAAAUGUUUUUAGGCAUUAUAUGCUUAGAUAUUUAAUAUGUACUUGCACUUUUAAAGAUUGUUUCAAACCUAAGUACAUUCUCAAGAUGCAGCGGAAACUAGCGAAAAAAAGGUACAUGAAGGUACAAAAAUCGAACAUUUCUGAUGUCAAAGUUAGUUGCGUUCGAUAACAUAAAAAUUUGUAAUAGUCAUUCCUAAUGUUUCAAGUAAGAGUUUGAUAACGCCAAAAAAUUAUACAUCCCAUAAGAAUUGGGAGAGAAAAGUAAGAGUUCGCUGCAAGACAGACGCUCAUUUUGGCUGAAGAAAUUUUAGUCAGCAAAAACCAUCCAUCACAAAAAUAUAUGACUUUUAUUAGCUAAUAUUGUACUUUUUGUAAAGAAAUUAAUUUUUUGGUGAAUCUGGUAUUUUAUAUACUUCUGCCUUUGCGUUCAGUAACGAUAAAUUUAACAACAAAAAGUGAGGGUAUAAAGCAUAUUUAUGAUAAUUUUUUUAUUACAACGAAAAUUUAUAAACCAUAUCAGCUGAUAUCUCUGCUUCUACCGAUUUUUGCAAGUGAUUACAAAUUUUCCGUACGUUUUUUGCUUUUUCUUCUCUUGGGGAGAUAAUUUUUUAUUACGGAUUGAUGGCUAAUUUUGUUAUCGAACACAACUAGCAUCACAACCAUCGCCCCUCUACAAGCGAGUAUCUGCAUAUCGUAGCGUUUGCUACGACAUUGACGAGAGUGUCAGGUCUCAAAGUAAUUGGCAAACUAACAGAGACUGCGAGAAACAGACACGAAUUUACUGACAUCGUUAAUAAUAUGACUUGGCAACCGUGUGACUAAAGUCAAAAUAUUGUUUGCAUGUAAUCGCGAAUAUCCAGCAUUAAUACGAGGAGCAAGAAGAAGAAUUUCGGACGCAACUAUAUUUUAUGUACCUUUAUCUCUUCAAAUACAUUGUUAUUUUAUAUCAUUUUAACCAAAGAUAUUCAUGCAAAGCAGAUUUUAUUAAAUGUUUUAACUACUUUAUACUUACUAA